AUGAAGUCCGCGCUGUGCAGCCGCUUCUUCAUCCUCCUGCCCUGGAUCCUGAUCGUCAUCAUCAUGCUCGACGUGGACACGCGCAGGCCCUCGCCCCCGCUCACCCCGCGUCCCUACUUCUCUCCCUAUGCGCUGGGCCGCGGGGGCGCCCGACUCCCGCUGCGCCGGGCCGGCCUGGGGCGCGGCUGGGAGAAGCGCAACGCCUCUCGCCCGCCGCCGCCACCCGAGCUGCCCACCAUCUAUGCCAUCACGCCCACCUACAGCCGCCCGGUGCAGAAAGCCGAGCUGACCCGCCUGGCCAACACGUUCCGCCAGGUGGCGCAGCUGCACUGGAUCCUGGUGGAGGACGCGGCGGCGCGCAGCGAGCUGGUGAGCCGCUUCCUGGCGCGGGCCGGGCUGCCCUGCACGCACCUGCACGUGCCCACGCCGCGGCGCUACAAGCGGCCCGGGCUGCCGCGCGCCACCGAGCAGCGCAACGCCGGCUUGGCCUGGCUGCGCCAGCGGCACCGGCACCAGCACCAGCGCGCGCAGCCAGGCGUGCUCUUCUUCGCCGACGACGACAACACCUACAGUCUGGAGCUCUUCCAGGAGAUGCGAACCACGCGCAAGGUCUCCGUCUGGCCAGUGGGCCUGGUUGGCGGGCGACGCUAUGAACGUCCGUUGGUGGAAAAUGGCAAAGUCGUCGGCUGGUACACGGGCUGGAGGGCAGACCGACCUUUCGCCAUUGACAUGGCAGGAUUCGCUGUAAGCCUUCAAGUCAUCUUGUCCAACCCCAAAGCUGUGUUUAAGCGUCGUGGGUCCCAGCCAGGGAUGCAAGAAUCUGACUUUCUAAAGCAGAUAACGACAGUUGAAGAGCUGGAACCGAAAGCGAGCAACUGCACCAAGGUCCUCGUGUGGCACACUCGGACAGAGAAGGUCAACCUGGCCAACGAGCCCAAGUACCACCUGGACACAGUGAAGAUUGAGGUAUGAAGUGGUGCCGUCCAGCAGCCCUGGGCAAGGACGAGGAGGACGUGUGCGGUCAGGCUGCGGGCGCCCAGGUGUCAGUCACCUUCCUCGGGACAACGGCCGUCAUCGCCACCCGCCGGACACCUGCUUCCGGAGAGCUGGUCAGUUCACAGAUGCUGAUUGGAUGGCGUCACACGUGUGCUUUUGUCUUCAUUUGUCCUGCAUGUUCCCCCCACAACUAAACUGGAAGACCUCUGCACAGUACAGCUAAUGGCUGCAGGGUACCAUUCUGAGAAUCUUAUAUACUUUCUUUUUUCCCCCCAUUGGCCUUAUAGUUAGUAGAAACGAACAGGCUUCAGAAACAGAUGACAAGUAUUUUGUCAACUAAACGUCCCCCAUCCCUAACUUUGCAAUGUUAAGUAAUUUUUGUAAGGUUGGUGACAGUAUAUACAUCAUAGGAAAU